AUGACUACCAUGAGCUGGACUCCUGUCAACGAUGCCAUGGAUUUCGUUCUGGCCAAAACAAUUCCUUCAUUCAAGGUCGACGAAUUCAGAUUCAGCACUGACCUGCCUUUUGGACAGCAACACAUAUGUGUGCUGGCAUGUGUGUCUUAUCUGAUCAUAGUUCUUGGUGGCAGAGAGCUCAUGAAGGCUUACAAGCCAUUUACGCUUAAACAGCUCGUGUUUGUCCAUAAUGUCAUUAUGUCGGCUGGCUCGUUGCUCUUGUGGAUUCUGGUGUUGGAACAGGUCGUUCCAAUGAUGUUUAACAAUGGUUUUACCUAUACCAUGUGUAAUCGAGCUGCUUACUCACCUCGCUUGGAAUUCCUAUACUACCUAAACUACAUAUUCAAGCUAUGGGAGUUUAUAGAUACAAUCUUCUUGGUUCUCAAGAAGCGACCAUUGGAGUUCUUACAUGUCUACCAUCAUUCUGCUACUGCGGCAUUCGCGUAUUUAUUCCUAUGGAAACCAAUUUCGUCGGCUUGGGUCGUGCUGGUUUUGAAUUUGGCAGUUCAUGUUCUUAUGUACUAUUACUAUGCUGUGUCAACUGUGUCGAAACGUCAAAUAUGGUGGAAGAAGCAUCUGACAACGAUGCAGAUCGUCCAAUUCGUGUUGGAUAUUGCCAUGUUAGCUUUCAUGACUUACAAUGUCUUCAUCAACGAAUACUUUGUCUGGGUCAAGGACUAUGGCUUCAAAACUGUACCAGGCUGUUACGCUGCAGACCCUGUCACUCAAGCAUCCGUCAGUGCUGUACUCUUCGGAUCCUACCUGAUACUAUUCAUUGAUUUCUACUCCAAGACAUACAAACGUGAUGCUGCUAAACGUGCGGCAUCGAAAAAAUCUGCUGUCAACGGAAAUGGAUAUCCCGCUGAUGCUACUUCUAGUAACGGAAUCACCAAGGAAGAGUAA